AUGGCCCUCUGCGCCGCCACGAUGGCUCAGUUGCAUCUUGAUCCCUUCGUAGAUGCUUCCCGGGCAGUGGAUAGCACCACAAUGGUCCAGGCUUGUCUGCGACUGCGUGAACGUUACAACAGCUAUGGAACAAAUCUGGAUCUCAGAAGCGUCUUGGUGUCUUUCUUUUUGCAUGUGUACCACGCCAAGGUCAACCAACGAACUUCAGCAAUGAUGUUCAUCCAAGAGGCCAUGGCCGGAGCGCGUAUUCUGCGAUUGAAUGAAGAAUUCUCACACGCGGAAGAUGAGUUGAUUGCAAACAAGGGCUUGGUAUUUCCGUUGCUUUGGGUAUCAGAGAGAGGUUAUUCAUUGCACCUGGGUCUCUCUCCUUCAUAUAUUGACCCCCCCGAAUUAAUAAAUGUGGAGAGAAAUAUGAAUGCUGAUGUCCAUGCUCGAGGGUUGCUAGAGCUCGUCAAGCUCUUUAUUGCAUUUGAUCAACUCUCGGUACGGCGCAACUCGCGUCCUGGGAUCAUCUUGGCUACACAUCUGACCGAUACCGAGGCGAAGAUUGCUUCACUAUGCUUCACCAUGGAAAAUCACGUUUCGACCCGAACGGCAGACUACUAUAUCACACGGGAGUGGAUGAGGACCAUUCUCUGGCAGGAGGCACUCACUAUGGGCUUGCUGUCUUCUUCAGCGUGUACAUCCGUCUUGGCAUUUGGAUUUCCAGCGCAAGUUGGCCGUGCCUUACUGCAGGCCUUGCGGGGCUUCAGCGAGACCGAUUUGCUCCCAUUGGGACGAGACCAGUUACUGAAAUGCUUCGAAGUCACCAACUCACUGGCGGACACGGUUCUUUUGUCCUCACACAAAAUAAGUUCUCGGCUCGAACUAGGACCACAGGACUUUCUGCAUGCAUUAUACCAGAAGAUUGUUCCCUUUCUCGAGCAGGAUACCAUGUUGAAGUCAAUCCUUCAUGCUAAAACUGCUGAAGCUCUAGUCGCAGCUCCAGCUCGCCUGCUGACAACCGGGGAGGAAGAUGCGGGCCUGCACUGGGGCGAAAAUGGACCUGGUGGUCUGGCCCAGAUUGCCGGAUACAUACCAAACAGCGAGCUUGAGGAACAGAACGAAUUGACACCAGAUUUCUUGAAUUGGCUUCAACAACCGGAUCUUCAGAUAAUCUAA